GGCCUGUGACGUCGGCCGCUCCCCUGCGCUCCCUCUAGCAGCCAGUCAGGGAAGGGAUGCUCUGAACGCAAGACUGCAGCAUCUUCACCGAGAGAACGAGCAGGAAAAAAAAAAAAAAACCCGUCUCUUUCUCUGUGUUCCUCCAACUCCGCGACUCCGGACCCUCUCCACCCACCCCGUCACCCCUGGGUGUAUUCAUGAUCGGAGCCAGAACAGGAUAAGAAGAAAGAAAUCAUAUCUAAUAAUAGCCUACAAAUAACGCAUCGGAUUUCUUUUUUUUUUUUAUUAUUGCUUCAACGACCCUUUUUCUUCGGUUGAUAUCGCCUCUUUGUCCUUCGAUAUUGUUAUUUUAUUUUGGUUUCAUUUAUUGUUCCGGUUCGCUGGCUGUUGCAGAGGAGCGCCACCAUCCUGCCAUCCUGACAUGAGUACGCUCUUUUAUCUGGCUGCAGCGGAAUGACACACAUAUCCUAGCUCUCAUAUCUAAAGGUUGAUGGAAGAUUGACGCUCCGUUUGCACGUGUCCAGUAUAGCCUAGACCAAUCUCCAUCUGCAGAGGUUUCGGAUUGUUUUUUUUGUUUUCCGCUCUCUGACUCGCUCAUCCGCCGCUCCAGCGUUUCUUUCUUUCUCUCUGUCCCUGCGCAGCAUCUCUGUACGCACGGCGCACUACGGAGAAACGCGCAGCUCACCGUCUCCGUCCGUAAGAAACAGGCGUAUUUUUCUAAUUCCCAAAUCGCUAUUCGCCUUCUCCAAGGACUCAUCUGCGCGACUAGGCUGCGUGAAAGAAAAACAAAACAAAAGAAAGACGGGAAAAAAGGGGGGGAUUUUAAACGCAAACGCAGCCCAAGCAUCCAAGAGCAAGCUCGAAAAUGAUGGCCGGCGGAGCAGUACAGCAAAACGGGAUUUUUUCAAAUCCUCACCAUCACAAUCAACAACCACACAUGGAGUCCGAUCCCCCGGACUCACGUAAAAGACCCCUGGAGACCCCGACGGAGGCCAGCAGCACCAAACGCACAAACACAGGAGUGGCCUUCCUGCAGCCCCUAUUUGAAACUGAAGGCAUUGUAUUCCCUCACCAAGAAACUGAGACUCAUGAGGAAGGCGAGUACUUCCUGAAGGUUUUGAUUCCCAGCUAUGCGGCGGGUUCUAUCAUCGGUAAAGGAGGUCAGACCAUCGUCCAGCUGCAGAAAGAGACUGGAGCCACCAUCAAACUGUCCAAAUCCAAAGACUUCUAUCCCGGGACGACAGAGCGGGUGUGUCUGAUCCAGGGGACGGUGGAGGCGCUGAACGGGGUCCAUGACUUCAUCGCUGAGAAGGUGAGGGAGAUGCCUCAGAGCACCCAGAAGACAGAGCCCGUCAGCAUCCUGCAGCCACAGACCACCGUCAACCCCGACCGCGUCAAACAGGCCAAGCUGAUCGUCCCCAACAGUACGGCAGGGCUGAUCAUCGGUAAAGGUGGAGCCACGGUUAAGGCGGUGAUGGAGCAGUCCGGGGCGUGGGUCCAGCUGUCCCAAAAGCCCGAGGGCAUUAACCUGCAGGAACGCGUUGUCACCAUCAGCGGGGAGCCAGAGCAGAACCGCAAGGCUGUGGAGAUCAUUGUCCAGAAGAUCCAGGAGGAUCCUCAGAGCUCUUCCUGCCUCAACAUCUCCUACUCCAACAUCACAGGACCCGUCGCCAACUCCAACCCCACUGGCUCCCCUUACGCCAACUCCACCGAGGUAAUGCCGUCCGCGGCAGCCGCUGCAGCCGCCACGGCUUCCUCUCUGCUCGGCCAGGCCAGCCUGGCUGGAGUCGGGGCCUUCCCAACCACCAUGUCCAGCCUCUCAGGCAACGACUUGCUGGCCAUCACCUCCGCCCUCAACACCCUGGCCAGCUACGGCUACAACACCAACUCCCUGGGCUUGGGGCUGAAUCCAGCUGCAGCCUCAGGGGUGUUAGCAGCUGUGGCAGCUAACGCUAACCCGGCAGCAGCCGCAGCAGCUAAUUUGUUAGCAUCCUACGCCAGUGAUGCAUCAACCAGCGCAGGUCACCCAGCAGCAGGUCUCGGAGGCUUCUCCCUGGGAUCCCUGGCUGCCGCUACAGGGGCCACCAAUGGCUACUUGAGCGCCGCAUCGCCCCUGGUGGCGUCAUCUCUACUGGCCACGGAGAAGCUAGCAGAAGGAGCAAAGGAAGUGGUUGAGAUCGCCGUGCCAGAAAACCUGGUGGGAGCCAUCUUAGGGAAAGGUGGGAAGACGCUAGUGGAGUACCAGGAGUUGACCGGCGCCAGGAUCCAGAUCUCCAAGAAAGGCGAGUUCAUCCCUGGAACUCGGAACAGGAAGGUGACCAUCACAGGUUCCCAGGCCGCCACACAGGCUGCACAGUACCUGAUCAGCCAGCGAAUCACCUACGAGCAGGGGGUACGUGCCACCAACCCACAGAAGGUGGGCUAAACCUGACAGCCAAUGAGAAACGAGGAGGAAAAGAGGAAAAAAAAAAGAGUGGGGGUUUGGGGGAGGAGUAUAAAAAGUGAGAGUGAGAAUGGAAGAAGGAGAGGAGAGCAAGAAUGUCAGAAGGAAUCGUCCGCGCCGUUUUCUUCUGCGUGUUUUCAGUAUUCUCUAUUAAAAAAAAAGAAAUUUGACGCGAAGCAAAAAUGUGCUGAGAAGACGAGGAGAGAGAGGAGCGAAUUAUCACGCUGAAAAACCAAGAAAAAAAUGUGUAACAUGUAAAUAAGGUUUUAUUACUUAACGUCUUGACCUUUCGGGAUUUUUUAUUGUUUUGUUUUAUUGUUUUGUUUAGUAAAUUAAGCUGUCUGUUCGUUUGUGUAUUGUGUGGACAAAGCUGAAUGCCAUGUAGACAGGCCGACUGCCUGAGAGGUGACAGGAAGUAGGGGGAGGGAGGGAAGGGCCUGGGCACGGAGGGGGGGAGGGUUUGCGUUUACAGGGUACAACCCUCCCCCGCCCCCCAACCCAAAAUCCCUUAUGGAAACAACCCUUACCCCUCCCUCCCCCUGCAGCCCACACCCCACACCCUCCAGUAGGGUUUUUGUUUUUCUCCUAGUUUUGAUUUGCCCCUCGGCCCCUGGCCCCGCCUCCUCCCAAAGCCUCUCUCACUACUUGCCCACAGCCUUGCCCUGCCCUCCCCCCUCCUCCCUUUUACAAGGGUUUAUAAUGAGCAAGACUGCAAACUUAAGCCUGGUGUGAGAGAGAAGAAACGUCCUUGAAUCUCCCCCCCGACCCCUUUUAUUCUUUCCCUCCGCUGAUGAUCUCACCUCCCCCCUCUGCCCUUCUUUCUGAGAGAUGAAGGAAGGGGGGAAGUGAAAUUGGGGAGGAGUGUGGGGGGAGGGGAAUCAGCUGGGCGUUUCUUCAUUUGCACACCGCCCCCUGUAUACCCUGUGAUGUAUCCCACAAGCAGUGCAGCGCCGCAGGUGUUAUGGCACGUAGCCCCCCUUCCCCCCCCCCCAACCCAGACCCCACGCGCAGAUCUAGUGUUUGAGAUAGAAUGCCGAGGCGCACGCUGAUGAUCUCACGUAGUGCGAAACCGACGAGAGUGAUACUGUGCAAGCUGCGGCAAACACAGGAUCUAUGGCAUUUCUUUGCAGUCUGCUGUGAUAAUUCUGUUAACGAUAAUGUCAUGACUAUUACGAUAGGAAUCAUCACCAUCGUCAUUAUUUAUUAAUGAGUUCACCCAUAAAUAGCUCAAUUGUUUAUUUUUUAUCUGUGAAUUCAGGUUGACAUGAAUGUAAAUGAGACUAUUUUUGAUUUGAAUCUUUUGUUUUAAUUUAAGUGGAUUGAAGAUGAAUAGUAAUAUCACAUAGUGUAAUAUAUGUCUUAUUUAAGUCCAAUAAGAAAGCCACCCCAGGCAUUAAUCUCAUCAUAGUGAAGGAUCACCCUAUAUAUCCAGUUAAAACGCAGAACAGGGAACGCACACACACACGCACACACACACACACACACACACACACACACACACACACAACACACACACACCACCCACACCACACACACACACACACACACACACACACACACACACACACACUCACAAAACACUAUGAUGCCAUAUUUGGUGCUAGAAAAGGGAAUUCACCAUAUCUAUGAUGCAGACUGCAUUAGCAAGACAAUAUCUGCAAACCACUCACACACCACAGGCUGCAGUGCAGCGUCUUAGCAGCUAUAUUAACCUCUAAUGCCUGGUCAUCAUGCUCGGCUAUCCUAGCUCAUGCUCCAAAAUAUCCCCUUGUAGUAAUAUGCCCUGUUACAGUUUACCCGCAAAGCUAAAUUGGAACUGAACUGAACGAGUGAGUUGAACGGAGCCUAGUUCUCAGAUGAACUGCUACUGCUCCAGCCUGUGGUCUUACAAACCCUUCAGA